AUGUCCAGUCAUGAUCCGCUGACUCCGACCAUUCUCCAGCUCCACGCGGAACAAGCUAACUAUACAGUCAAUGGAAUUGCCUGGAUUCCUCAGUCUGCCAGAUUGCUCACCGUUGGAAUGACUUCGAGAGGCACAGGGCCUGUUUCCAUCUGGGAGAUGAAGAACCAGAAGCUGUCUGUACAAUCAUCGUGCGAGCAUGUGCACGCUGUUAAAUGUGUGAGUUUCGGGGCAUCAAUUAGCCCGAAGCGGGAGUUCGCCAUCGGAGACCAUAAUGGGGGGUUGGGCGUGUUUGAUAUUGAGCGUCUCAAAACCCCCAUCUUCGCUGCCAAGGCUCAUGAUGGAAUGGUGCAUUGUCUUGACGCGUUUGGUGGGAAGAAUCCUGCCGCAUAUGGCGCCCCAGAAAUCGUCACGGGCGGUUCUGAUGGCGUUGUCAACGUAUGGGACAUAAGGCACCCCACGCCUGUUGUGCGCCUUCGUCCCAACUUGGAGUCUGCUUUGGAUGUCGGUUACAAGGAUGAAGGCUAUGUACGGGUUUAUCCAGAAUGCUGGGCCGUAUCUUUUGGAGGAGCUUCCUCGCCUACCCAUAGAUAUAUCGCCAUGGGAUAUGAUAACGGUGAUUUGAAGGUUCUUGAUUUGCGCGAGCAGCGUUUAAUAUACGAGCAGCACUUCCCUAACGGGAUUGUUGGGAUAGACUACGAUAGGCCAGAUAUCGCUCCCAACAAACUUGUAGCUUCAACCUUACAAGGACAUGCGUACAUAAUUGAUCAGCGAACAUUCCACCAAACGGAGCACUAUGCACUGCUAGAUUAUAAGCCAUUUGGUGCUGACUCAACGGCGACUCUCUGGCGUGUGAGUCACUCCCCGUCAUCUCGAGACGUUUUCGUAACUUGUGGUGGGGGACGUUUAGCCCUCUGUAAGUACGAGCCCCCUGCUGAACGCACCCGUAAGCUUGAAGACGGCAGUGAGGUCGGCGUAAUGGGAACCUGUAAAACAAUAUGCGACAUUCCUGUCAGCCAACAAACUAUCACAACCCUAUGUUGGAAUAGAGAGAAGCAUGGAUUGCUAGGAUGGAGCGGUGUCGACCAGACUGUCAGUGUAGGCUUUGUCACUAACCUUAGUUCUCUCGAAUAA